AUGGCUUCUUCCCUACCACAUCCAAAGAUCGUUAAGAAACAUUCCAAGAAAUUCAAACGUCAUCAUUCCGAUCGUUAUCACAGAGUUUCUGAAAACUGGAGAAAGCAAAAGGGUAUUGACUCUGUUGUCAGAAGAAGAUUCAGAGGUAACAUCUCUGAACCAACCAUCGGUUACGGUUCCAACAAGAAAACCAAGUUCUUGACUCCAUCCGGUCACAAGACUUUCCUAGUUGCCAAUGUUAAGGAUUUGGAAACUUUGAUCAUGCAUACUAAAUCUUAUGCUGCUGAAAUUGCUCACAAUGUUUCUGCUAAGAACAGAGUUGGUAUUUUGGGUAGAGCUAAGGCUUUAGGUAUUAAGGUUACUAAUCCAAAGGGUCGUUUAGCUUUGGAAGCUUAA